AUGUGGUGGCAAAUGACUGCUGCGGUAUCGCAUUAAAGUCUGAAUAAAAAUCCUCAAUACGAUAAUUUCCUCCAGAAAGUGUAACCCGGUAUUAUCGCAGUAGUAAUAGCAUAGUUUCCGCUUUUUAUUGGAUUUUCAGAGCGGAAUUAGCCUAUGGAGAAACUGUGGGUCUCCACGUGAAUGAUUCGCCUACUUUUCAAACGAAGGCUGAAACCAAGUAAGGCACAUUAAGCAUCUGAAGCAGGACAGCAUGGCCAAGAGAAAACCCAGCCUGCUCAUGUGGGGGAUGAGCUUGGCCAUCAUUCUUUUCUCCUCUGAUGUCCAGAUGGGAGCAAGCCAGUCGCAAAGUGUCUACUUCCUUCCAGAGUUUGCUCUGUCCCCCCAGGGGAGCUUCCUGGAGGACACAACAGGGGAGCAGUUCCUGACCUUCCGAUAUGAUGAUCAGGCCUCUCGCACCACGCGCUCAGAUGAGGACAGGGACCUGGGCUGGGACGCCUGGGGCAUCUGGAGUGACUGCUCACGCACCUGUGGGGGAGGAGCUUCCUAUUCGCUGCGCAGGUGUCUGAACGGAAGAAACUGUGAGGGUAGAAACAUCCGCUACAGAACAUGCAGUAACCGGGACUGCCCGGUGGAGGCCGGUGACUUUCGAGCCCAGCAGUGCUCGGCUCACAACGAUGUGAAGUACCAGGGGCACACCUACGAGUGGAUCCCCGUCACCAACGACCCCACUGCCCCCUGCGCACUCAAGUGCCAGGCCCGGGGCAAACGGCUGGUGGUGGAGCUGGCACCCAAAGUGCUGGAUGGCACUCGCUGCAAGACCGACUCCCUGGACAUGUGCAUUAGCGGUAUCUGUCAGGAGGUGGGCUGUGAUCGGCAACUCGGGAGCCACGCCAAGGAGGACAACUGUGGCGUCUGUGCGGGGGACGGCUCCACUUGUCGGCUGGUGCGGGGACAGACCCUGUCACACGUCUCUCCUGAAGAAUCUGUGAAGACUGUGAUUGAAGUUCCCCUGGGAAGUCGUAGCAUGAGAAUCAUAGCCAAGGGGCCCGAUGCCAUCUUUCUGGAGUCACACACUCUUCAGGGGAAGGAAGAGGAGCACAGCUUCAGCUCCCCUGGCCAGUACAUCAUAGAGAACACCACUGUGGAGUUCCAGAGAGGCUCGGAUCGACAGACAUUACGGGCCCACGGACCUUUAACGGCAGACUUCAUCGUCAAGGUGAAGUAUGUCUCUCCCAAGGACACUGUGGUUCAGUUCAUGUUCUACCAGCCCAUCCGAUAUCAGUGGAGGGAGACGGACUUCUUCCCCUGCACCGUCACGUGUGGAGGAGGUUACCAGCUCAAUUCGGCCGAGUGCACGGACAUCCGCUUCGACCGCGUUUUGCCGGACCACCACUGCCGCAAUUACCCGGAGAACAAGAAGCCAAAGCCCAAGCUGAAAGAGUGCAGCAUGGACCCCUGUCCUGAGAGCGAUGGUUUCAAAGAGGUGAUGCCGUAUGACCACUUCCAGCCCCUUCCACGCUGGGAGCACAACCCUUGGACCCUGUGCUCGGUGUCGUGUGGGGGAGGCAGCCAGGAGAGGAGCGUGGUGUGCGUAGAGGAGGACAUCCACGGACAGAUCUCCCAGGUGGAGGAGUGGAAGUGCAUGUACUCCGCCCGGCCCGAGGUGCAGCAGAGCUGCAACACCUUUGAGUGUCCUGAGUGGAUGGCCAUGGAGUGGUCACAGUGCACAGUUACCUGUGGCCGUGGCUUGCGUUACAGAGUGGUUCUGUGCAUUGAUCACAGAGGGCAGCACACCGGAGGGUGCACUGCAGGGCUGAAGCCUCACAUUAAGGAAGACUGCCUGGUGCCCGUUGCAUGUCUCAAGCCUCGAGAAAAGCUUCCUGUGGAAGCAAAGCUGCCCUGGUUAAAACAAGCCCAUGAACUGGAGGAGCCCAGAACUGCUUCGGAGGAGCCAACGUGA